CCUGUAUAAAAGAGGAUGCAUGCCUGUCUGUGGGCACUCAGGUUUUGGAGUCUUCAGUUGAUAGCCGAGACGAUGAAGUGGGCCGUUGUUGUGUGUGCCAUGGUGGCACUGUCCGAGUGCUUAGUCCAGAUCCCUCUGAAGAAGGGCAAGUCAGCCAGGGAGAACCUGGAGGAGCAGGGUCUGUGGGAGGAGUACAGACUCAAGUACCCAUACAACCCCAUGGCCAAGUUUGACCAGAGCUUUGCCGUGGGCACUGAGGGAAUGACCAACGAUGCUGAUCUGGCUUACUAUGGAAUUAUCUCCAUUGGAACUCCUCCUCAAUCCUUUAAGGUCAUCUUUGACAGCGGCUCGUCUAACCUGUGGGUGCCCUCCAUCUACUGCAACAGUGCAGCCUGCAACAACCACAAGAAAUUUAACCCUGGCACAAGCAGCACUUACAGAAACAACGGCGGAGCUCUGGACAUCCACUAUGGUACCGGCAGCAUGACUGGUUUCCUUGGAUACGACACAGUUAGGGUGGGUGGGCUCCCUGUGAAAAACCAGAUCUUCGGCUUGAGCGAGAGUGAGGCUCCCUUCAUGCAGCACAUGAGUGCUGAUGGUAUCCUGGGCCUGGCAUACCCACGCCUGUCCGCUUCAGGCGCUACACCCGUCUUCGACAACAUGAUGAGGCAGGGCCUGCUCAACCAGGACCUCUUCUCUGUGUACCUGAGCUCUAACUCUCAGCAAGGCAGUGUGGUGACCUUCGGUGGUGUUGACCCCAACCAUUACUCUGGUCCCAUCUCCUGGAUUCCCCUCUCCAAUGAGCUGUACUGGCAGAUCACAGUGGACAGUGUUACUGUCAAUGGCCAGGUUGUGGCUUGCCAAGGGGGUUGCCAGGCUAUCGUGGACACCGGCACGUCUCUGAUUGUUGGACCUCAGAGCAGCAUCAACAACAUCAACCAAAUGGUGGGAGCUACCAACCAGAACGGAGACUAUUUGGUCAACUGCAACAGCAUUGCCCAAUUGCCAGAUGUGACCUUCCACAUCCACGGACAGGAAUUCACCAUCCCAGGCUCUGCCUACGUCCGUCAGUCCCACUACUAUGGUUGCCGUACUGGCUUUUCCAACGGAGGAGACAGCCUGUGGAUCCUGGGUGACGUCUUCAUCAGACAGUACUAUUCCAUCUUCAACAGAGCUCAGAACAUGGUGGGUCUGGCCAAGGCUAGAUAAGCAAUCUGAGGUCACCUUUCCCAAGAGCCUUGAAACAAUCAUGUGUACAUCUUAGUAUUACAGUAGGAUUUCCAACAUGCCCGAGACUCGAAUCUUCUCCUUGUCCUGAAUAUGAUAUAAUUUCCUCAAAUUCAAUAAAAAGAUUUAAAUCAA